UUGAAAAUGUUCAAUCAUAUAGUUGACAAUUUGGUACAUUUUAUGUAGUAUUGGCUGUGUGAGUGUACCAAAAUAGUGGAACCAAUAUUGGCAAAUGCAACACCUCGAUUUCUCAAAUGGAAUCUAACAAAACUUCACAAGAAUGUGAAGAAUUUGUCUUUGUUGUCAAUCAAUGAUGAUGAGGUUUAUAAAGAGAAGCUCAUACCAACAAACUAUAAGAGCACAAUGUUCAUGCAUACAAUAAUUCGGGAUGAGGAGAAUUAAAAAGAUGCACCUGAGAAUAUUAUUCAUCAUGAAGUCAAAAUUGAGGAAGAAAUGGACAUGAGCAUACAAGAGGAUGACAUUGAUGAGACAUACAAUGUAGAGUUGGGCAAUCAACUACAAUUUCAGACUAGAGAGGAUCAUCACAUUAAAAUUGUGGAAGAACUAAACAUGAGUACUUGCAUACCAGAGGAUGACAUUGAUGUGACAUAUGACAGAGAGUUUGGCAAUGAGGCACAAUUUCAAAGCAAUGCACAUGGUGAAGCCAAUAUUGAGGAAGGUGCAGAGACUGUUGCAUAUCUACAUGCGCAUGGGGUGUAUCAAGUCAUUGUGUCAAAGGUUGCUCAAGACAACAUUAUAGAGAAAAUGGUCGCUGACCAGCAAAAAGCAUUGGACCUCAUCGAGAAACUACAAAUUGAGAACCAGAAUCUGCAGGCAGCAAAUGACAUGAAAGACAAAAUCAUCUUAGAGUUGGAAACAUUAAUAUGUAGCUAGAAGGAGAAUCCAACAGCUCAGAAUGAGUUGUCCUUUGUCAAACUUACAAUUGAUAAUAAGAAUGUUGAGAUAGCAAGGCAAAGCAACUCCAUAAUUGACCUCCAAAUUGAGAAGACUAUACUCUAACUUGUGAAAACUAUGCUAUUAGAUAAAAUUGAUGAUGAUGCAGUACAUGUUGUCACACAACAGAUAAACCAAGAGACUAUGGAUGUGGAACUGAAGCAAAACUUGAAGAAGAAGACCCAAAAAACUCUGACAUCUUUGGUGAAGCGCACCAAAAUUAAAAAAUAAAGGAAAGAACUGAAGUUGCCUGAUUUUGAAUAUCAAAACAAAAAGGGUGACAAACAGAAAAGAAAGUUGGAAAAUUUGGAACAAAAUGACAGUGAGAAGCAAUGUGAAGUUGUAGAUCCAGAUUUUAAAAACUAUUUGCACAAGUUUCGAGACUUUAAGCGUCCUAAGCAUAAUAAGUUUGGGUUGGCCAACAAAUAUGAAGUUUGGAAGAUCAUAUCUGAACAGUACAAGCAAAAGCUAAGGAAUAUGCAUAAAA